AAGUGUGGAUAAAAGGACCUACUUUCUCUCAUGUUUCAGAAAGAAGUUACAAUGGCAAUAGCACUGUUUGUGAGUAUCUUUCUUCUAGCUCUUCCCUUCUUGUUGUUCGUUCUCCUAAAACAUAGGAUUAGCAACAAUGGCAGUUUUAAUCGUCUUCCCCCAAGCCCUCCAAGUCUUCCUUUGAUUGGUCACUUACAUAUGUUGAUGUUUGAUAACUCAGCCCCUCAUCUUUUUCUUUAUAAACUCUCCCAAAAAUACGGUCCCCUCAUGUUUCUGAGAUUUGGAUUUAGGCCAACCCUUGUGGUUUCUUCGGCAAAAAUGGCUGAAGAGGUUAUGAAAACCCAUGACCUUGACUUCUGCAGCAGGACUAAUCUAUGUGCUGCACGCAAAUUAUCUUACAAUGCUUCUGACUUGUCUUUUUCACCAUACAAUCACUACUGGCGUGAGAUGAGGAAAGUUUGUGUUGUACAUCUCUUUAGCAGAGUGCAAAAGUAUCGACAUAUCCGAGAAGACGAACUUGCACGCCUUAUUGAGAAAAUAUGCCAAUUCUCCAUUGAUUCUAAGCCUAUCAACUUGAGUGAGGCAAUAAUGUGCUUUUCCAGUUUAAUAAUUUGUAGAGUAGGCUUCGGCAAGAGGUAUGACGAACAAGGAAUUGAAAGAAGCAGGUUCCAUAGGCUGCUUAAAGAAAGUCAAGCCAUACUUUCAAGCUUUUGCUUUACUGACUAUUUUCCUUUCAUGGGUUGGGCGGAUAGAUUUAUGGGUUUUCUUAAUCGUCUUGAAACAACUUUUAAAGAAUUCGAUACCUUCUUUCAAGAACUCAUUGAUGAACAUCUUGAUUCAAAUAAACUAAAAUCAGAGCAAGACGACAUAGUUGAUGUGUUACUACGGAUAAGGACGGAUCAUAAUUUUUCAUUUGAUCCUACCAUAGAUCACAUAAAAGCUAUUCUUAUGGAUAUAUUUAUUGCUGGAACAGACACAGCUGCGGCUACUAUGAUCUGGGUCAUGAGCUUCUUGAUGAAAAACCCCAAGUGUUUGAAGAAAGCUCAAGUAGAAGUGAGGGAUUUGGUUGGGGAAAAAGGGUUUGUAAAUGAAGAUGAUGUUCAAGGUUUAAUAUACCUAAAAGCUGUAAUAAAAGAAACAUUCAGAUUGCAACCAGUAGCUCCAUUGUUACUACCACGAGAAACACGUCGAAAGUGCAGCAUCGGUGGGUACGAAGUCCCUGCCAAAACCUUAGUUUAUGUGAAUGCAUGGGCAAUAGGAAGAGAGCCUGAAGCUUGGGAAAAUCCACAAGACUUUCGUCCUGAAAGGUUUAUCGGUAGCUCUAUUGACUACAAAGGGCUAAACUUUGAGCUCAUACCAUUUGGUGCGGGUAGAAGGGUUUGCCCUGGAAUGCACAUGGGAGUUGCAGAAGUGGAGCUUGGCCUUGCUAAUCUUUUGUACAAGUUUGAUUGGGAAAUGCCGAAUGGGAUGAACAGGGAAGACUUAGAUUUUGAUGCCGUACGUGGUCUCACUACACACAAGAAAAAUGCUCUUAUCCUUCAGGCUAAGGAGAUUAAUGAUUAAUCCUAUGAUUUAGUCAUUAAAAUUUAACAUUUUAAUUUUAUUUAUUAAAAAUUAAUUUUUGUGGUAGAUGGAAUUUUAAUUAUUAAAUCAUUUUAAAAUUCGUGGA